AUGCUCAUACGAGAAGUCACGGACCGAUUAUCGCCUCAUUUACGCAGCAGAUGGUGCGACUAUGUAGCCAGGCAUCGGGACAUCGACGAUCCGGAGAUUCUACAACUCGCGGAUUUCCUGAUGGAGGAGAGCGAGCAAGAGAUGUCGUUCUGUCACGCUCGCGCGGCCCCGAGGCGCGCACAGACCCCGUAUGCACCGCCGCACGCGCGCGCGACCGGCGCUCGACUGACUGCAUCCGCGCCGCGCUACCCCACUCCGGCUACCGCGAACGCGAGCCGCUACGCGAUUGGCCCGAAAGUCACGUACGCCGCUCGUCAUGUAAACGUCGCGAAGUCAACGUGCCUGUAUUGUGGGGGCAAUCAUUCGACACCGGACUGUCGUAAGCUCGCCACACAGAGCAUAGGCGCGAGAUGGGAAUGGGCGAAGCUGAACAGGAUCUGCUACAGAUGUAUGGACGCGAAACAUCUCAAGAUUCAAUGUAAGGCGAAAGCGUGUGGCGUGGCAGGCUGCCCGCACGUGCAUCAUCGAUUACUCCAUGCUGACCCGAUGCAGGAGCCAAACGAAGACACUACAAUGGCGGUAACUCUGUCUGUGCAACGAGCGGUUGCCCCUCCGAGAGUUACGUCAUCGGUCGAGCCAGUGGCGAGAGCGGAGCCGCGGCCCUCAGAACGAGAGGACAACGACCCACGCGUGUACGUGUCAUCGACCCCGAACUAUAACGUGCUGCUCAAGGUGCUACCUGUUACGGUAACAGGCCCGAAAGGUACAGUUCAAAUUUUUGCCUUUUUAGACGACGGAUCGACGCUAUCAAUGAUAGAUCAAGAUGUCGCGGACGAGAUAGGAGCAGUGGGCGAGGACGAGCCGCUCUGUAUCCGCGGAAUACGCAAUCUGAAGCAUACAUCAAUCACGCAAACGGUAAAGGCAACAGUGAGAUCUGUACGAGGAGGCACCGCACACGGGAUCGUCGUAAAAACAGUAGAAGGUUUGGGAAUCAGAUCGCAGUCGCUCAAUAAAGCCGAGUUAAUGAAGUACGAGCAUCUCGCAGACAUAGGAGACGAGUGCUACACAGGUACAGGAGUACCACAGAUGCUGAUUGGAGGUGACUUUAGUCAUUUAAUAACUCCCAUGGAGAUAAGGCAGGGCGGCGAGGACGAGCCGUGCGCGAUGAAGACUCCAUUGGGAUGGGCAUUUUUCGGAAGAAUGCCGCGUAUAAUUCGUACCGUCGAGCAAACAGUCAUGCAUUGUCGUACCGACGACGAAGACUUGAACGAGCAAGUGAAGAAACAUUGGUCGAUCGAGGCGCUUGGAGUAACACAGAAAGAAAAUGUAAGUCCGAGCGAUCAGCGAGCCAUCGACAUAUUCAACGCUACGGUACGCAAAACUACGAGAGGCCGGUACGAGGUAGGACAACUGUGGGCGUCCGACGAAGUGAAGCUACCACCGAGUUAUGCAAUGGCACGAUCGAGAUUGCAUAAUCUGGAAUCGCGAAUGCGACGCGAUAAGGACUUUGCCGCGGACUACGCAGCCCAGAUACGGAAGUUACUACAAAAAGGAUAUGCUGAACGCAUAAUGGAACCACCGCAAACCGAUCGAACUUGGUUUUUGCCGCAUUUCAGCGUGUUUAACCUCAACAAAGGAAAGGGGAGAGCCGUAUUCGACUGCGCAGCAAAAAGCCAAGGAAACAGUCUGAAUGAUUACAUCUUAGCGGGACCGGACUUGCUACAGAGCCUGUUAGGCAUACUACUGAGGUUUCGCGAAUGGAGCUUCGCAGUAGUAGCGGACAUACAGGAGAUGUUUCUUCAGAUCCAGAUACGAGCCGAGGACCAACAGAGCCAGCUCUUCUUGUGGCGAGGUACAAGAAGAGACAUGGAGCCGCAGGUUUACAAACUUAAUCGAGUUUGUUUUGGGAACGUGUCGUCACCUUUUCUCGCGCAUUCCGUGCGCAACCGGAAUGCGAUCGAUAACGCAGAUAAGUAUCCCGAGGCGGUCUACGAUAUCCAGAACAACCACUACAUGGAUGACUACGUGGCGUCAUACAAGACCGAAAACGAGCUGUUAAGAAUAUCAUCGCAGGUACGAGACUCUCACGCCGAAGGGAACUUUCACUUGCGAGGCUACGCGAGUAACAGCGAACGAUUGCUAGCGAGUAUAGAGCCGGAAUUGCACGCACAGGAGCCGACGCAUCUAGGCGAGAGACAGCAGACCGUUCUAGGUAUGACCUGGGACCCUAGCACCGAUACGCUAGGCUACAACACGAAGAUGCUGCGUGUACCGGAGGCCGUGAAGACUCGCGAACGACUGCCGACAAAAAGGGAGCUACUUAGCGCGAUAAUGUCCAUUUACGACCCGAUGGGACUUAUCGCACAAUACGUAAUAAGCGCGAAGAUUAUUUUUCAACGAGUAUGGGCGAAAGGGACGACAUGGGACGCACCGUUACCGAACGAAGAAGCCGAAGACUUUUUUCAGUGGCUGAAAGCACUGAAAUUUGUAGCGACUCUACGCAUUCCGAGGCAAUACGAGUCGCCGAGUAGAGUAACAAGGUACACUCUACACAUUUUUACAGACGCAUCGACCGAGGCAUAUUGCGCUGUAGCGUAUUGGCGCAUAGAGAACGCGGAACACGAAGUGCAGGUCAGCCUGGCGGCGGGUAAGAGUAGGGUUUGUCCCCUGAAAGUACUUUCCGUGCCGAGGCUGGAGCUGACAGCUGCAAUUAUCGGAGUCCGACUGGCAGACACAAUAAAAAACGAACAGAGAUACGAUAUUGAAAAAGUAAGUUAUUGGACGGACUCGCAAGUGCUGCUAGGAUGGAUCAGAGACGACGCACGAAACUACAAGCCGUUCGUGUCACACCGCUUAGCUGAAAUAGCUGAAAAAUCGGACCGACAAGCGUGGAGGUACGUGCCGACCGACGUGAACCCGGCAGACCACGCUACACGAGGCAAGCCGACGAGGAAAAUCGACAUCGACGACGAUUGGUAUAAAGGCCCGCCAUUUCUACGCCGACCCGAGGCGGAGUGGCCGAGUCAAAAUAUCACUGAAAAACCGAGUGAAGACCUCCCUGAAAAGAAGUCUAACGUGAAGGCGGAGACCACGCUGACUACGACUACAUCGAGACCGGACCCAUCGAGCGUGUUACCGGACAUACGACGUUUCAGUAACUACGAUCGACUAAUCAACUCUACAGCCUACGUGUUGCUAUUCGUAGAGAAAUUGAAAACGAGAAAUAGAAGACUACAGCUUCAAGUAAGUCACAUUAAGCGAGCCGAGCAUAUGUGGCUACAAAAUAGUCAGCGGAGGAGCUUCCCGGACGAGAUACGAACACUGAACGCGGGACGAGAACUGGAGAAGAAAUCGAGAUUAUACACUCUAGCACCCGAGCUGAGCGAUGACGGCGUGCUACGUAUGAAAACCCGCUUAGGUAGCGCUCCAGUCUUGUACUCAUCACUGCAUCCUGUUAUAUUAGACGGAAGGGAUCCAUUUACCAGAUUAAUGGUCCUACGAGCUCACAGACGAUCAGCGCAUAUACAUAACGAGGCCGUUAUAAAUCAAUUGCGUCAAAAUUAUUGGAUUUUGCAGUUACGACCGACCGUGAAAGCUGUGGCGCGAGAUUGCGCGCUGUGCAGGCUACGCCGAGCCUUGCCGCGCGCGCAACCUCUUGGCGACCUACCACCCGAGCGACUACAGGCUUACCAGAGGCCAUUCACCUACACCGCGCAAGAUUACCUAGGCCUUAUGUACGUGACCAUAGGCCGACGACGAGAGAAGCGCUGGGUGUGUCUGUACACAUGCCUAGCAACACGAGCCAUACACUUGGAAAGUGUAUACAGCCUGUCAACGGACAGCGCACUCCUCGCGCUACGUCGCUUCGCAGCGAGGCGAGGAUGGCCGAGCACCAUGUAUAGCGACAACGCAACGUGCUUUAAGGCCGCAUCGAACGAGCUGCGUGAGGCCUACCGACAAUGGCUUCCGCAACUACAAACCUACGGCGUGCAACAGCGAAUGAAUUGGAAAUUCAUUCCCCCCGGCAACCCCUCGGCAGGCGGAGCUUGGGAGCGCAUGGUGCGCACCGUGAAGACAGCAAUGCUCUAUACAUUCAAUACUAGAGCCCCGAAACCCGAAGUUUUCGAAACUAUAUUGACCGAAAUCGAAAAUAUCGUCAACCGAAGACCGCUUACACACGUCAACGUCGACCCGGACAGCGAAGAAAAUCUCACACCGGCACACUUUCUUUUGCUCCAAAACGCUAACCUACCGAUGAUUGGAGCCUACGACGAGAACGAGACGAGACAAUGGAAAGCUGCCCAGGCGCUAGCUGACCACUUCUGGCGGCGCUGGACGAAGGAAUACUUCCCACUUCUGGCACCACGCAAGUCGUCCGAUGACGGAGGGCGACAGAUCCAGCCGGGAGAUGUGGUCAUCAUAUCCGAGCCGAACGGACCACGUAGCGUGUGGCCCAAAGGAGUCGUCGAGAUCGUCUACCAUGGACCCGACGGACGGGUUCGCUCCGCAGACAUCAGGACGAGGCACGGGACGCUGCGCAGGCCAACCUGUAGGCUUGCGGUCAUCGCGUCGCAACCCAGACACCAGGAGUCUUCGACUGCGGGGACAAAAUGUUAG